UCCCAGACAAUACCAGCAAUACCCGCAGUGCACAGCACUAGAACUAGGUUUGAAGCUUGGCUCUGAAAGUGAAACUUCAGCUGGCUAAAAAGGCAAGACUUUGUUACUAUUUUGAGCUGCAUAUUCUGUUGGCCAAAUAACAGUAUAACAAGCGCACAGCAGCAGAAAAAGGAAUGAAGCUUGGCUCUGAAAUGCAACUUUUGCCAGGCAAAAGGCAAACUUUUUUUUUGGCAAGGCAAACUUUUGUUACUAUCCCGAGCUGGGUAUUCUGUUGGCAAGAACGAAUUCUGACUCUGCACAGGGUAACUGGUUUUAGCAGUCACGGAGGACCUUUAUCCCAGCCUGGGCUUACUUGCUUGCCUCCAGAGUAAACAAGCCACCUGGCAGCCAUCCAGGAUCUUCACUUAUCGUCCUGUUCACUUUCAGAGAAGCUGAAGAGCAACCUACAAUGUAUUUAGUUCAGUUCUAGACUAGCAGAUCUGUUGUGUGGCAUUAGCUUAAAGACUUUGAGGGGUCCCUCUCAGGCCCUGAGGGUGAACCCCAUGGCAGUGCUGCCAAACUGCGCUUUUGCUUUCUCUUAUAACACAUCUGUGUUGUCUAAGAAAACGCUGUGAUUUAAAAAAAAAACAAAAUUUGCCCGUUUUUAAUUGAUGUGUAAAGUUGAAAACGGCGGUGCCUCCCGCUACCCUUCCCCACAGCCACCGCCCGCCGUUCCGCGUGGAGGGGCAGUGGCGGCCGCCAUCUCGGCUGAGGGCAGACGCGGUUUCGCGCCGGCUCGGCCGGGCAGGGCGCGCGGAGCAGCCAUCUUGAGCACACGGCUGCGGGAGCAGGGAAUUGCACAGACUCCGCGCGGCCAUGGGGAGGAUCGGGCUGCAGCUCCGCGCCACGCUGGAGAACAUCACCCGGCUGAGGGCCGAGGGCCAGGAUUUCAGAUGGUACCUCAAGCUGAAAUGUGGGAACUGCGGUGAAGUCUCUGAAAAGUGGCAGUACCUGCGGCUGAUGGACAGUGCUCCCCUGAAAGGAGGCCGAGGAAGCGCCACGAUGGUGCAGAAGUGCAAGCUGUGCUCCAGGGAGAACUCCAUUGAGCCACAGGAAAUGACAGGCACAUUCUGGACAUGUUCAGGGAGACAGCAAGGCCUCCUGGAAAUUGCUGUGAAGGAAGAUCCUAGUGCUUGCUUUGUGCUGAAUAAAACGGAAGACAUAAUGCCACUGUCCUGGUUUAGGGCAAAUUUGGGAGAAAACCUCUGAAUGGUGCCCCUCCCCCAACUGGGUCCCGGAAAGAUUUCCUUGCAGAAAAGUGGAAAAAACUGUUCAUUUAACAAGCAAAGUAUCUACAAGCAUAAAAAAAAUAAUAAUAUUAACAAUAAAACCUCUCGCUGUUGGAAGAGAUGGCAAAUUCAGAAAGUCCCUGCCGUGGGCUGCAGCUCAGUCUCUUCUCGGUCCCUCCGGCGCUGGAAAGUGCCGAGGCCCCGCUGAGCCACAGCUGGGAGCUCCCAGGGUUUGUCUGGGUUUGCAGUCCAGAGCAGGCUUGAAAUGAUCCAAGGGAAAAGAAAAACAGGGAAUUUCUCUGUCUCAGCUAGCUAAAAACUGAAAGCAAAGGAGCGCUGUCCGUUGUCUGAGCACGCUGCAGACAGCACAGGCCAGAGCAGCAUGCGUGCCAGCAAACACUGUUUCUCAAAAUAAACUGCGUGUUUGUUUUUUCCCUCCCCUUGCGCUCGCCUUGCGCUCCCUUAAAGGUACAGAACUUAAUAUCCAGCAUAAACAGAAUGGACAGUUGGGGAUGCAAGCAUCACAGAGGUCAGCCCAGGACAGCCACUCACUUGUAUACUUUUUGUU